UUACUUAUAUCGCUGUUAACCAUCGUCUCCAAUCUCAAAAGCAAAAGCCAAGCCACGAAUGUUUGAAAUUGACUUUUUAUUUCGUUGAUCAAGUUGAGCUCCCUUUUCAAAUAAAUAUCUUUUGCACCAAGAUAUUAUGGGACAGUCAAAAACAACUCAAAAGGCCAGGAGCACAGUUGCCACGAGGAAGCUGCAACAACAGUCAGAGAUUUUGGGGUUAUUUUACCCUUUUGUGCUUCAGAUUUAAUACAGUGGAGAUCCCAUUGAUUAGCCACUAAUUACUGUCCUUUUCACCUUCAUCAAUUGCUAAGCCGUAAAGGGUCAGCUGGAUUCUUCCUCUCUCUCUCUCUCUCUCUCUCUCUCUCUCUCUCUGUUUUUCUCUCUCCUAAAGCUGCUGCAAGAUUCAUCCUUUUAGAGUCUUUGCUCUUCUUUGUUAGAUACCAGCCUCUUUUUGUUUGUGGUUAGUUUAUAUAUGUGUUGCUACUUUGUUGCACUGGUUAAAAAUUUGAUCUUUGUGAGUAUUUGCAGUCACCCUUUUUUAGACCUUCAUGAUUGCUGCUUAGUUUCCUGUAAACUGAGGAGCCAUUUCUGUAAAUUUGGGUGAAAUUUGUGUGAUUCAUUGAUAUUUUCGGAUUGGAUAUUUGGGGGUUUUAUUGUCAUCAAAAUCACUUUAUUGAUUGGAAUUUGUGGAUUGGUGGUGGAGGCUUCAUUUGGUGGGAUUUUGUGAAGUUUCUUGAUUUUUUUAGGGUUUUGUUUUGUUUUGUUUUGUGGUAUGGGGGAUUGCUCAGCUACAGAAGAAGUGAUGAUGGAAGCAGAAGAGGACUUGAUUGCUUCAGCUCAGAAGAUCAUGAGAGCUUUGGAAUCAGAUAUGAAGCUCUCUGAUCAUGCUAGAAAUGUUUUGGCAAAUCUUGGCUCUCUGUUGAGCAGCUUAGCUAUGGCUAGCGAAAACCGGGAUAAGGUGUCGGAGGAGGAAGUGGAAGAAGAGGGGAUCGAUGAGAUCGAGCAGCAGCUCGAUCGGAUUCAAGAGAAGGUCAUGAGUUGGGAGAAUAAUCAGUCUACUAUGAUAUGGGAUUGUAGCAGUGAAGAGGCUUAUGAUUAUAUGAAAGCUGUUGAUGAGACUCGAAGGCUGGUCGAGGUUUUGGAGAGCAGGAGUGGUAGUGAGGACAUUGUUUCGCUGCGUAGGGCUCACGACGUUCUUCAGACUGCGAUGGCUAGGCUUGAAGAGGAGUUCAGGCACUUGCUGGUUCAGAACAGGCAGCCUUUUGAGCCAGAGCAUAUGUCUUUUCGUUCGACUGAGGAUGAUCUGAUUGAGGCCGGCUCUGUGAUUUCCUCUGGUGAUGAUUCCUUAGAGGAUGUUAGGGAGAGCAUGGGCCGGACCUCUGAGGAGUACGCGGUGGAGCUCGUGAACCAGGAUGUGGUUCAUGACUUGAAGAGCAUUGCUGGUUUGAUGUUCGACUCGGGUUACGAGAGGGAGUGCUCUCAGGUGUUUGUGAAUGUCCAAAAGGAUGCUUUGGAUGACUGUCUCUUCAGUCUUGAAGUUGAGAAGCUGAGCAUUGAGGAUGUGUUGAAGAUGGAGUGGAACGCUUUGAACUCGAAGAUCAGGAGAUGGAUCCGGGUGAUGAAGGUUUUCGUCCGCGUCUCCCUUGGUAGCGAAAAGCUACUGGCAGAUCAGAUACUCGGGGAGCUCGGAUCAGCCUGCUUCGCGGAGUCAUCAAAAUCCGCGAUGCUGCAGCUUCUCAACUUCAGCGAGGCCAUCACCAUCGGGCCGCACCAGCCGGAGAAGCUGAUCCGGAUCCUCGACAUGUACGAGGUGCUCGACGAUCUGAUGCCGGACAUCACAGCUCUGUACCCGGACGAGGCCGGAUCCAGCGUUAGGACCGAGUGCCAGGACGUGCUGGAGAGGCUAGGGGACUGCGCGAAGACGACCUUCGUCGACUUCGAGCACGCCGUGGCGUCCAACGUGUCAAGCAACGCGUUCCCGGGAGGCGGGGUCCACCCGCUCACUCGAUACGUGAUGAACUACUUCAAGGCGUUGAUGGACUACAGACGGACCCUAGACGUCGUGCUGAAGGGCCGUGACGAAGUGGAUGAUCCGGCCCCAGCCUCGCCCGAUGCCAGUCCAUCGGGUGAGGACGAGGAGGAUGGCAGUAGCGGAUCCUCGUCCGCCUCAGCCAUGGCCGUACACUUCAAGUCCCUGAACUCGAUUCUCGAAGCCAACCUCGAUGGGAAAGCGAAGCUAUAUAAGGAGGAAUCUCUCCAACGCCUCUUCUUGAUGAACAACAUCCAUUACAUGGCUGAGAAGGUGAAAGGGUCCGAUCUCCGGACCGUGCUAGGCGACGAUUGGAUCCGGAAACACAACUGGAAGUUCCAGCAGCACGCGAUGAACUACGAGAGGGCCACGUGGAGCUCGAUUCUCGCCCUGCUGAGGGAUGAGGGUUACCAAAACCCGGGGUCGUCGAAGAGUCUCAAGGAGAGACUGCAGAGCUUCUACCUGUCGUUCGAGGAGGUGUACAAGAGCCAGACGGGGUGGUCGAUCCCGGACGCUCAGCUACGAGACGACCUUCGGAUCUCGACGUCGCUGAAGGUGAUCCAAGCGUACCGGACAUAUGUGGGGAGACACAGCAAUCAUAUCAGUGAGAAACACAUCAAAUACAGUGCUGAUGAUUUGGAGGAUUACCUUUUGGAUCUUUUUGAAGGGUCACAGAAAUCUUUGCAUGGAAGCCAUAGGAAAUGAUGAUGUAAAGAUAGUGAUUUUUUGAGUUUGAUGAAAUUAAACCAUUCCAUUCUAUAUGUAUAUCUAACAGCUUUUGUCCUGUUUUUUUUUUGCUGUGUGUAUCAAAUACAUUGUUCACAUUGAUUUUUGAGAAUUAGUUUUGUGUUCAUUUCUUGAUUUUAUUUUA